UUAGACACACAUGUUAUUGUCCCUCCCCAUCGCUUCCCCCGUGCCCGGGCAAUGGUUGUCCCCCUUCCCGGUGGGGAGGCGACCUCAGCUGGGCUCCUGCCGGAUCCCAAGGGAGGGGCUCCACAUGACCCAUCAACCGACGGCCAAGCCAUCUGUCGAGUGGCUUGUCCUUUGUCAAGCAUGGCAUUCAAUUAUUGGCGCAGGCCAGUGGAAAGUUUAUCCCCCGCUGGAGCGAGGGACCGAGGCAGGCUGGCCGCGUGCGGUCGGUGAUCCAUAGUGGAGAGGGAAUUCGGCCUGGUGCAGGAGGACCUCGCGUGGGAUGCUGGAGUGCAGGCGAAAAAGAGUCCGGCCAUCCGCGGGCAGGGUGCGGCCACUGGCGGCAUGGGCGUGGCUCCAGGAGCAAGCUGAAGUUGCAGACCGGAGAUCGCAGACAGGUGGACGUGUGGUCAGGUGGUAGAAGACUAUGCUCGACACGGCGAGAAGGGGGGGGGGCGAGGGGGAACACCAAGGCAGGCCUCCUUGCCCCCGCAGCUGCAAGGGCACACAGGGAGAGAUGUACUGCAGCCACAAGGACACUGAGUACUUCGGACACGGGGGGACAUACCGAGGCAUCAGGGCGACCAGGCCACGAUCAUCUGGCGGAAGGGCCACGCGAAGGUGUGCACCUGUCCCGGUGGCCAUCGUGCAAGAUGGGCAGGGAGAAGGGAUGCACGGCGACAACGAAGGAGAAAAGAGCCGGACAGACGCAUCUUUGGCCUGCCCCGACGCCGGCCCGGCGUGUACAGCACAGGGGACUCUGGGUGCCUGCCCUUCGAGGGACCAUGCGGUGCUGAGGGUGAAGGAUGGGCCCACCGAGGAGGAGAAGGAAGGCGGGCCGACUGCCGAGCAGUCCUAUGAGAGCACAGGGAUCCUCCAUGCCGGGGGCCGAGAAACACCGGCGCCGGCUCUGACUCACUCAUCGGCGGCGGAGGAGGACAGCACGCUGGCCAAGGCCGCGUCUGAAGGAGGGGAUGGUGGCAUUGCAAAGCCUUGAGCGUGUGGAAGGGAGACACCGGGUCUCAGUGCACCAUACGAUGAUCGCGCGGACUCGCGGCGGGCAGCACUGCCGGCAGGCCAGGCAGCGGGGCCAUAACCAAGGGCGAGCAGGAAAUAAGGGGAAGGCCGG